UCUUAAUUACCCCGACAGAUUAAGAGCUUAACUAUCCCGGCAAAGGCUUCCUUAAGUCCCUACUUAGAAGGUCAUGUCUCAGCUUUGCUAGCCAGAGAAGUGGUCAGGCGCUAGCUGACACUGACAGGCACACUGCACCAGGCUGCUAUCCUUUAGCAUUAGCUUCAUUCAUCCACUCUAACUGCUGCAAACAUGCAGGAGUGGGCAAAUCAGUUAUGCGAGAAUCGACAAUUUGGAUCCAAGAUGACGGACUCCAAGUACUUCACCACUACCAAGAAAGGGGAGAUCUUUGAGCUCAAAGCAGAGCUCAAUAGUGAUAAGAAAGAGAAGAAGAAGGAGGCUGUAAAGAAGGUCAUUGCAUCCAUGACGGUGGGCAAGGAUGUCAGUGCUCUGUUCCCAGAUGUUGUGAACUGCAUGCAGACAGAUAACCUGGAACUGAAGAAGCUGGUCUACCUCUACUUGAUGAACUACGCAAAAAGCCAGCCAGACAUGGCGAUCAUGGCUGUUAACACCUUUGUGAAGGACUGUGAAGACCCCAACCCUCUCAUCCGGGCUCUUGCUGUUCGUACCAUGGGCUGCAUCCGUGUGGACAAGAUCACAGAGUACCUCUGUGAGCCUUUGAGAAAAUGUCUGAAGGAUGAAGACCCAUAUGUGAGGAAGACGGCUGCUGUUUGUGUAGCAAAGCUUCAUGAUAUCAAUGCCCAGUUGGUGGAGGAUCAGGGCUUCCUGGACACCCUUAAAGAUCUCAUCUCUGACUCCAACCCUAUGGUUGUCGCAAAUGCAGUAGCAGCGCUGUCUGAGAUUGCUGAGUCUCAUCCCAAUAGUAAUCUAAUGGACCUGAACCCUCAGACCAUAAACAAGUUGCUGACAGCUCUUAAUGAGUGCACAGAGUGGGGACAGAUAUUCAUUCUUGACUGUCUGGCCAAUUACACACCUCGUGAUGACCGGGAGUCCCAAAGCAUCUGUGAGCGUGUGACCCCACGGCUCUCGCAUGCCAACUCUGCAGUGGUGUUGUCAGCGGUUAAAGUUUUAAUGAAGUUCAUGGAGAUGCUGCCCAAAGACUUGGACUAUUAUGGCACUUUACUGAAGAAGCUCGCUCCUCCACUGGUUACACUCCUCUCUGCUGAGCCUGAGUUGCAGUAUGUGGCGCUGAGAAACAUCAAUCUCAUUGUCCAGAGACGCCCAGAGAUCCUGAAGCACGAAAUGAAGGUUUUCUUUGUCAAGUACAAUGACCCCAUCUACGUCAAACUGGAGAAGCUGGACAUUAUGAUUCGUCUAGCAUCUCAAGCCAAUAUUGCUCAGGUGCUGGCAGAGUUGAAGGAAUAUGCCACUGAGGUGGAUGUGGACUUUGUGCGUAAAGCGGUCAGAGCCAUUGGCCGCUGUGCCAUCAAAGUUGAGCAAUCAGCCGAGCGCUGUGUCAGCACACUGCUAGACCUCAUCCAGACUAAGGUCAACUAUGUGGUGCAAGAGGCCAUUGUGGUCAUCAAGGACAUCUUCCGCAAGUACCCUAACAAGUAUGAGAGUGUGAUUGCCACUCUGUGUGAAAAUCUGGACUCUCUGGAUGAGCCGGAGGCGCGUGCCGCCAUGAUCUGGAUUGUAGGAGAGUACGCUGAGCGCAUCGACAAUGCUGAUGAGCUGCUGGAGAGCUUUUUGGAGGGUUUCCACGAUGAAAGCACUCAGGUGCAGUUGCAGCUCCUGACUGCAAUCGUCAAAUUGUUCCUGAAAAAGCCAACGGAGACCCAAGAGCUGGUGCAGCAGGUGCUAAGCCUAGCCACACAGGACUCUGAUAACCCAGAUCUAAGAGACCGAGGCUACAUCUACUGGCGUCUGCUCUCCACAGACCCUGUGGCUGCCAAAGAGGUGGUUCUGGCUGAGAAGCCGCUGAUCUCUGAGGAGACAGAUCUGAUUGAGCCUACACUGCUGGAGGAACUUAUCUGCCACAUUGGUACUCUGGCCUCUGUCUACCACAAGCCUCCCAGUGCCUUUGUUGAGGGCAGCCGUGGAGUUCAGCACAAGAGACUCCCUGGCAGUACUGAAUCUGGGGAGAGUGAGAGCCCUGACACAGCUUCUGCUGCUGCAGUUUCUGAUGCCCCUCCAGCUGUCAUCCCAUCCCAGGGAGACCUGCUGGGAGAUCUUCUCAAUCUCGACCUGACACCUCCCACCACCACUGGACCACCACCACCAGCCUCUAGUGGCAUGCAAAUGGGUGCUAUGGACCUUCUUGGAGGAGGACUUGACAGCCUGAUGGGGGAUGAGUCUGAGCCGCCGCCCAUUCCCCUGCGGAUGGACACUCCUCAGUCACCUCAGCUCCCACAUCAAUCCCCAUCGCCCCCAGAUUACAGCCCCACUGAGCUUGGAGGAGACCUUGGUGGAAGUCCUGCUAUUGGGGCUGGUUUUGGUGCUCCCCCAGCUGCAAUGCCAGCCUCUUUCAGUGCCCCUGUCAGCGGCGGUCUGGAUGACCUGUUUGAUCUCGGAGGGGGAGUUGGUAUGCCUAUGGGAGCCUACAGCGCCCCCAAAACUGUUUGGCUUCCAGCUUUGAAGGCCAAGGGCUUGGAGAUAUCAGGCACUUUCGCCCGCCGUUCUGGGGUCAUCCAAAUGGAGAUGACCCUCACCAAUAAAGCUAUGAGUGUCAUGACUGAUUUUGCUAUACAGUUUAACAGAAACAGCUUUGGUCUCGCUCCAGCUGGUCCACUGCAGGUUCUAACUCCUCUCAGCCCAAACCAGAGUAUUGAAGUGACUCUUCCCCUCAAUACUGUGGGACCUGUCAUGAAGAUGGAGCCUCUUAACAACUUGCAGGUGGCUGUUAAGAACAACAUUGACGUCUUCUACUUCAGCUGCCAGUACCCCAUCAGCAUGCUGUUUGUAGAGGACGGGAAGAUGGAGCGGCAAGUUUUUCUUGCUACAUGGAAAGACAUUCCUAAUGACAGUGAGGCCCAGUUUCAGAUCAAAGACUGUCAUCUCAGCUCAGAUGCAGCCUCUAACAAACUGCAGGGUAGCAACAUCUUCACCAUAGCCAAGCGCACAGUGGACGGUCAGGACAUGCUGUAUCAGUCCAUGAAGCUCACCAAUGGCAUCUGGGUGCUGACUGAGAUGAGGGUGCAGGCAGGAAACCCAGUCUACACAGUCUCUCUGAAGUGCAGAGCUGCAGAGGUUUCCCAGUGGGUGUUCCAGAGCUACGAGGCGGUGCUGAAGAACUGAACAAACAAGCCCGUGCAUCCACCCAGCCGCAGCCCUUGCAGACUACCAUCUCUCUCUCAUUCUCUCUCGCCUGACCCACGAACCACAUCACAGCCUCACGCAGUGCCGGGAGCCGCUUCCCGCUGCGUUCGGUCGGGACACUGCGGUCCUCAUGUUACCCAACCAUUUCAUCAGGAUGGUUAAUGGGUCUAUCGGCCCUUCCUUUCUUGCUUGCUUUCUUCCUUUUUUCCCCUCCAAUGCUGCAGAGAGAUGUGGUUCACUCUCUUGGCUGCCCUUAUCCUGUCCCCAUCUUUGUUCACACCACAUUCUUCGGUUUCAGGAAAUCAUCCCACAUCCCCUGUUCUCCCCUGUCCGAGCCAUCCUUAAACAAUCUUUAUUCGUUUCUAGGGGUGGGGGGCAGACGGCCGUGAAUGUUUCUCUGCAUGAGGCUCCUUUAUCAUUUUCAAGCCCUGCUUUUUUUCUCUCGCUCUCUCUCUCGCCCAUAUAUAUAUAUAUAUUGGAGUCUAUUUUUAGCACCUGUGAUCAGCAGGUGAAUCAUCACUUUCACCAUAUUUAUUUAGGGGUUAAUUUCAAUUAAGAUGUCAGACAGGAGAGGCUUUGACUGUAUUUUAGCUUCUCUCUGGAUCUUAAUAGAGCCACAUAAUUACAUCUAAAAAAACCCAUUACACUAUUGUUUUUGUCUUUUAUAGUUUUCUUUUAGUAUCUGGUUAUCAGGGGGCUCGUCAUCUGUCCCCGAAAGCAGAAUGUGUGUUUCCGUGUGCAUGGAAACUGUGUGUUACUGCGUGUUUAAUUUUUCAUCAACAUCGCAACAUUUUAUAGACUAGCAGCAGUUGUCCUCGGACUACUCUCUUACUCGGUCAUUCCAUGGUUAAAUUUUUGUUCGUAGUCUUGUUUAGCGCACAUGCUGCAAACUGGGAGAGAGGCUCAGGUGGCGAGAGUUUUAUAAGUGUCGGCGCUCUCUGCGUCAGCAGCGCUGGCCACCCCGGGCUCUCUGCCACUUUGCUCUCCGUGUAUCCACGCUGCAGCUCUCUCGAGGUCCAAGCCUUACCUGACAUGAAGGCUCAGGUGGAAAAUAAAGCAAAACAGCUGAUGCCAUAGUUUGUAACACUUCUGAGUCACAAGCGCACAUGUAGGUAGCAGGCAGCGUUCGCUAAAACAAAGCUGGAUCAACAUGCGGCGUCUCUGUUUGAGCUGCAGGCUCCGCUGAUUAAUUGGAUUCCUUUUAGCGAGCUGUUACAGACUGUACCGGCUCUACAGGAUCAGCACGGAGGCUGUGUAUUCUGAGUGUGUGUCUUUGUGUGUGAUGCAGCUGAUACUUAUGACAUGAUGUACAAAAAAAUCAGAUGUUUAAUCAGAUGUUUGUUUUUUUCAUUGUGUGUACAUCAUUUGAAGAACCAUUAAAAGUCUUGAUUAAUUCA